CAAAGUUACUCACUGUUGAAUUGUCUUAUUCAUGCAUUAUUAUGUCAAAUUGACAUGGGAUUUGAAGUUUUUCUUUUAAAAACUUACCUUUUAAGACAGCCAACACCAACAAAUGCAAUUUCAAUACCCCAAACGUCCAAGUAUUUUCAACACAUCUCUUUCUUUCUCUUUGUAAGCACCCUCAAACCAAAAAACCCAGACACAAAAUCCCCAGAAACAGCCCAACAAAGGCAGACAGUUGUCUUCUUUUUUUGUUCAAAGACCAAAGAAGAUGUGUUGUGGGAGCAGAGUGUGCAUGCUGUGCACAUGCCUAAUCCUGGUGCUGGUGUUGGUUGGGUUUUUGUUUGGAUUUGGGGUCUUCAAGAAUGGGUUUCACAAGCUCAAGGAUACAUUGCACGAGGAUUAUUACCCCUGUGAUCAUAAAUUCUCUUCUUGUGGAAGGCCCUUCUUGGUUUAUGCAGCUCCUCCUCCUUUUUAGUUUUUUUUUUUUUUUUUGUUUUUAUUUUCGUAUUAUAUUUGGCAAUUGGGAUUGUUUCGUUGUUGGGAUUUAUCAAGUUUAAUUCUAUUGUUUUCAUUGUUCCUUUGCUUUUGCCUACUAAAUCUGAAUCAUUUUUGCAAAUAAGAUUGCAGCUUGAUCGUG